CAAUCUCUUUGCAUCACACUUAAGAACCCAUUAAGAGAUAUAUGAAUAUUCAAGAGUGGGAUUCACUUUCGCUCUUUCAAUGGCAGGCUUGUCCAGGAUUGGUUUCACAUCAAAAUAAAUUGAAAAGCAGGACUAGUUGUUCAUGUGAAGGGACAAAGAUUUUGAGCGUUGGCACAUUAGAUGGUCAUAUUCUCGUUUUCAACAGCAAGUUUGAAUUACUAGUCGAUUUUGUCGCUUGCGAAGGCGGCGUAACCCAACAGCUACAACUAACAAAUAAUCAAUCUGCUCUUUGUUGUAUUUGUCUUGAUAAACAAAAUGCAAUUCUAAUACAAUUUUGGUCUGUCAAGAAUGUUCGUAAACGCAUUUCCAACGACGUUGUUUGCUUAUACGAACGACGACUGUAUGGUAUCCCGAACCCUCUAUUCCCUGCAACUAGUAUUGCUAUUUCAGCCGACGUCUCGUUCGUGUUUUGUGGAUUUGCAAAUGGAACAGUGAUUCAAUUACAAGGAGAUUUUCUUCGUGACUUGGGCUCAAAACAAGAUGUGGUGUUUCGUGAAAGAGACUCUAUAACCAAUCUUGCUAUUUUAUCUCCUAGAAAGUUAUUUGUAUCUACUACUACGCAAACUUUUCUUUAUGAUAUAUUUGCCAAAUCCAUUGAAACUUUAGAGAAUAGUGGUCUAGCCAUUGGGUGCUCUGAAGUGUUUAUGCAAAGAUCUCUUGUCUGUGCCAAUUCAUCCUUCAUCUCGGUUUAUGAUGCGAAAAACGUGAGUUUACUGAAAACACUUCAUGUUGAAGGGACGAUACAAAAGAUUUUUUCCUGUUUCGGAUAUGUUUGCCUGCUGGUUUCUACGACUCCUUCGCUUUCUACUCAAAGCGACGGUAACAUAACUAAUGAGGAAACAUCUCUUUGGUUCUCUAUAUUAGACUUGGAAAGUCAAUUGACGCUAUUUCAUUUUGAAAUAAAAGAGAAAAGCAUCUCCAAUAUUCUGUACGCAUCUGAUGAUUGCUUUUUCUUUUAUGAUGAUUAUCCUCCUCAACAAUUAAUUCGUCUUCCACAAGAUUUCGUUCUUUACAAAUGUUUUGAAACAGAAGAAUUUGAAAAGUCAUAUUUACUAGCGAAUUAUUUAAAAUGCAGCAAGGAUAUCAUCCGUGAUUGCGCUCUACGCACAGCACUCCAAUACUUUGAAGGAGGUCAAUCAGAAAAAGCUAUCGAUUAUUUUAUUUACGCAAUUCCUUUCUCCGAUUCAGCACUCAUAAUCAAGACUUAUUUAGAAAAACGCCUUUUGAAAUGCUUGCUUCGAUAUCUGGAAGCGUUGGCUGCAGAGGGACACGCCUAUUCAUUUGAACAAUCUACGUUAAUCUUUCUUUACGUAAAGCUGCGAAAAUUUAAUUCUUUAAUGACCUAUGCAAAAAGUGGUACCUGUUCCACAGAGCUCUUACUCCCCAUCCUCCGAAAAUAUAAAUGCUUUGAUCAAAUGGAGGCAUUGGGUAAAAUUUGGAAUAUGCCUUUUGUUUGUUUAGAGGUUUACCAGGAGAAAAAUUUAAAAGAGAAAGCAUUUCACUUUCUUGAGAAUUGCCAUGAUUACAUCGAUAUGAUAGGAAUCUCGAAUCAGUUUGGUACAUGGUUUAUAAACUCGGAUCCUCUGAGAUUUACAGAUAAAAUGGCUGAAGUAUCUGUCAGUUUAUUAAAACUAGGAAAAGAGAAAAACUUAAUAACGUUUUUAAAAGCUGUUUACCUCUCUACAUUUAUGCAACAACCAGAUUUGCAGAUGAGACUGUGGGAUACCGUAAAAGUGCAUUCAAAGGACCCAAUUGUUUUGAAGUUCAUUAAUACCAGAAAGCUUCAUGCUCUUAUACAAAAAGAAAUGAAAUGCAUGAAUCCGGAUAAUGAGUCAGAAGCUUUCCUUCUAAUCAAAGAUUGCAAAGGUUUACUGGAUUAUGAAUCAUCCAUAUUGUCUUUACAGGCAGUUCAUUGGAGCAAUGCCCUAGAUCUUUUGUACUCCCAAAAAUCUCUAAACUCUGGCUCUAAUGAUACAAUAAUUCAGAAACUCCUAAAAGACCCAAAAACAGCAGAUCAUCUUACUGAAAUUUAUGAUGAUGAAGCUAUGCUUCACCUCUUAAGAUUCCUAGUGCAGGAACGCUCGAUCACUAACGUACAUGAAGAUUUAUUUUUUAAGAUUCUAGAAAACUGUUUCAUACAAUUUAAAAUUCCGAUCCAACAUAUUUUAGAUAUAUUGAUGAAGGACCAGACCUUGACCUUGGGGACUAUAAAAAAGCUCUUAUUAAGAUGGGAAACUCAUUGUUCGUCUCGGAUCGACGAAAACGAUAGACAGUAUACGUAUCUUCAAAAAGAGCUGGUUAGUAACCAAAGCCAAUUGAACUCAAUCCCUACCGAGGAUCAAUUAUGUGAUACUUGUGAGGGAGUAUUGAAGAUACCGUUCAGCAGCUAUAGUUGUCUUCACCUAGUUCACAGAGACUGCGCUACAGAAUCGAUUUGUCCGAAAUGCAAAUCUGGAGUCUUAGAUGUUCCUCCCAUCAAUCAUGACAAGCACCCAUCUUCUUUCCAUGAGCUUUUUAGUCAACUGUCUCUUCUAGAAUCUUUUAUGCUAUAAUGUUUUCAACGCCAAUUUUUACCUUAAUCUUUGCAAUUCCCUUCCAUUACAAAUAUUAAUAAAAAAAAGGUCAUUCAUUUGGAUAUCAUUAACUAAAUGAGCCGAUAAGCACCUAGUGGACGAAGUUAUUCUUCUUCUUCACUGGCAGAUUGAUCCUCCUCUUUGGAUCCCUCUCCUUGCUUAGAUUCGUCUUUGGCAUCAGACGACUCUUGCUCGUCAUUUUUUGCUGUUUCAGACGAAUCUUUUUCUUCUUUCUUCUCGUCCUCAUCCUCAUCUUCAUCUACCAAACCGAGAGCACUGGUAACCUCACCAACCAUACGCUUGAAUUGCAUCCAUUCAUUAGGAUUCAACGCAAUUCCCUUCUUUCCGGGAAGCAUUUCACCAUCCUUUUCAUAAUAUUCACGAAUAUGGACAUAUGUGGUUCCACGAAAUUCAGACAAGGUCACUCUUUUUUUACCAGAAUCAUUCAACUACAUUUGAAGAACGCGUCAAUAAUUUAUUGCAGAGGCUGUCACUCUCUUUACUUACUGUCCAGUGCACUUCUUUAUCAUUUUCAGUCUUUUGUUUCUUGGUAUUAGCUGCUUCGCUUGAUUUUGAAGUGCGUUUUCCAGCCAUAGUUGUUGUGUAUGGUUUUGAAUUCAUCUAGUGAGACGCGAAAACAAUUUUGAUAUGCGUCAUGUCAUUACUUUCGUAUUUCUUUGUGACUCGUUCCUUUACUUUAAUAAACAGUGAACCACAUAUAAACAGUUGAUCGUUUUUACUUUUUUUGUUUAUUUGAAAUUCGCAUAUGAAAACUAAAGGUAAAAAAAAGUUUUUAUUUUCUAUUUUGAUUCAUGAGUUUAUUAGCUAAAGAAAGUUGUCAUUUUUGAUACUUGAUUUAGAAUUAAUUAAUAAAUGACAUUAUAUUGCAAGCUUCAUGCUUCAUUCGUAA